AGGGGCGGGGCAGGGAGCCGACUGACUGAAGCGGCGCUGGGAGCGGCUGUCGGACGCCGGCGGAGCCGCGGACCAGGAAGAAGAUGAGCUUGAAGUCCGAACGCCGGGGAAUUCAUGUGGAUCAAUCUGAGCUCCUGUGCAAGAAAGGAUGCGGUUACUAUGGCAACCCUGCCUGGCAGGGUUUCUGCUCCAAGUGCUGGAGGGAGGAGUACCACAAGGCCCGGCAGAAGCAGAUCCAAGAGGACUGGGAACUGGCAGAAAGACUUCAGCGGGAGGAGGAAGAGGCCUUCGCUAGCAUUCAGAGCAGCCAAGGAGCCCAGUCCCUCACAUUCUCCAAGUUCGAGGAAAAGAAAACCAAUGAGAAGACCCGCAAGGUCACCACGGUGAAGAAGUUCUUCAGUGCCUCUUCCAGGGUUGGAUCCAAGAAGGAAAUUCAGGAAGCCAAAGCUCCCAGUCCCUCCAUAAACCGGCAAACCAGCAUUGAGACGGAUCGAGUGACUAAAGAGUUCAUAGACUUUCUCAAGACCUUCCACAAGACAGGCCAAGAAAUCUAUAAACAGACGAAGAUGUUUUUGGAAGCAAUGCAUUACAAAAGGGAUUUAAGCAUCGAGGAGCAAUCAGAAUGUACUCAGGACUUUUACCAGAAUGUGGCCGAAAGAAUGCAGACUCGUGGGAAAGUGCCUCCAGAGAAGGUGGAGAAGAUAAUGGAUCAGAUCGAGAAGCACAUCAUGACCCGUCUCUACAAAUUUGUGUUCUGCCCCGAGACUACGGAUGACGAGAAGAAAGACCUUGCCAUUCAAAAGAGGAUCAGGGCGUUGCACUGGGUGACACCUCAGAUGCUCUGUGUCCCUGUCAAUGAGGAAAUCCCGGAAGUGUCUGACAUGGUGGUGAAAGCGAUCACAGACAUCAUUGAGAUGGACUCAAAGCGUGUGCCUCGGGACAAGCUAGCCUGCAUCACCAGGUGCAGCAAGCACAUCUUCAAUGCCAUCAAGAUCACCAAGAAUGAGCCAGCCUCUGCCGACGACUUCUUGCCCACUCUCAUCUACAUCGUCCUGAAGGGCAACCCCCCUCGCCUGCAGUCCAACAUCCAGUACAUCACUCGCUUCUGCAACCCCAGCCGGCUUAUGACGGGCGAAGAUGGCUACUACUUCACCAACCUGUGCUGCGCUGUGGCUUUCAUUGAGAAGUUAGAUGCUCAGUCCUUGAAUUUAAGUCAGGAGGAUUUUGACCGGUACAUGUCCGGCCAGACUUCCCCGAGGAAGCAGGAGUCUGAGAGUUGGGCCCCCGAAGCCUGCUUAGGUGUGAAGCAGAUGUAUAAGAACUUGGACCUCCUGUCUCAGUUGAAUGAACGGCAGGAAAGGAUUAUGAAUGAAGCUAAGAAACUUGAAAAAGACUUAAUAGACUGGACAGACGGAAUUGCCAAGGAAGUUCAAGACAUUGUUGAGAAAUACCCACUUGAGAUUAAGCCCCCAAACCAACCAUUAGCAGCCAUUGACUCUGAAAAUGUGGAGAACGACAAGCUCCCGCCCCCACUGCAGCCGCAGGUGUACGCAGGGUGAUGGCUUGCUCAUGGCCAUAUUUACUUGGGGCUGAGUUCAGGGAGCUGCUGUGUUCCACUGUUCAGGUCUGGAAUACGAAGUAACUGCUUAAGUCAUCAAAGUAUUUUUAAGGUACCGUUUUAGAGAUUGUUUUGUUUCUUUUCUUUUUUUCUUUUGUUAGCAGGGGAAGCUAGUAAAUAAUAAUGCACUAUUUAUUUGAGUUGGUGAAGUAGGUUUGUGUGAAUUCUGUUUCAAUCUUUUAUGUCCUCCCUGAUUUUCCCAUGGGCUUCCUCUGUGGUAGACACUGUUGUUGGUUUGGGGCAAAUAUGCCUUUAAAAGGAUAAAACCGAUGCUACAAAGUCUAUGUUGAAAUGAAUCCAAUGUUCCCACACUCCCCAGUGUGAAGUAAUUUUGUAAUUGUAAAGAUAGAAGAUAUGUUAAUAAGUAAAUAUGUAAAAUUGUAAAUAUGUAAAAAAUUAGGGCUGGGGGAGGGAUGGUGUCCGCGUGCAUGGCAUUUCACAUGCUGAUUUUUUUUUUAGGUGAAAAUGAAAUAUAUUGAAUGUUUGCCUUUAGUACCAUUUUAUUUGUUUUGCCCCACUAAAAAUAAUUUAAAUUUUGGCCUUUCACCUUUAACAUUACAUUAGCACUAACUGCCCUAACUCUGCGGUCCUUCCAGGUACAUGGUAUGAAGUUGUGACACCAACUUCUAGGUCACAUAAGGUGUUGUUCUGGGACCUGGGGAGGAGGCUCGGUUAGUAAGUGCUUUCCACACUGGUGUGAGGAUCUGACUUCAGUGUCCAGCACCGUGUCAAAAGCUCAGCCUGGGGACACGCACCUGUAAUGGCACUGCUGGGAGGCAGUGGCAGGCAGUGGCAGGCAGCUUCCUGGGCUCCAUGACUAGCAAGCUUUGCCUCACCUAACCAGUGAGAGACCCUGUCUAAACAGUAAAUCUAGACAGACGGCUCCUGAGAAAUAACACCCAAGGCUGACCUCUGGCCUCCACAUGCCCAUAUAUGUGCCUGUGUGCCUGUGUACCACACACACGAACACGUCACAUACGGAGUUGCUGGUUAGUAUGGUUGACUUUGAACUGUGCUUCUAGCUUCCUCCCCCCAAUCAUCCAACAAACUGUUGCAGGGUGUCUUGCCUUUCUGUUUUGUUUUGGCCCCUUGGGUUGAUUUUAUUUUUGUUUUGU